AUGAUGGAUCAACUAUCCCAAUUAUUACGAACACCCGAAACAUCGGAUCACUCCGGUGAUGAAUUAAAUAAAAUCAAGAAUGAUCAAAUUGAUGAUAUACCUCACAUUUUAACUGAGAUGCAAUGCAAGUGGAAUGAAGAAGAUUAUUAUAAAUUAGCACAUUUACUUAGGCAACAUAUUUCAUUUAAAUCGGUUUAUCAAAGUUUUUACCCAAAAUAUUCUUGGGAUUUCAUCGUAUUACAAGUUUUGGAUAUACUAAGAGAAUCAAAUUUAUAUUAUGAAUGGGUAAAGAAGAUAUCGGUUGACUUCUUUCUUAGAUAUCCAGAUAGAUCAAUCAAGACCUUACCAUUUAGAAAUUAUCAUGAACCACCAUUGAAGUAUAUAAGUAAUAUCAAAAAAUUUGAUGCUUGGAAAGAUUCAGAUGAUGAUAUACAAGAAUUUUACUGUAUGAUAUUUAAAGACUUAACAUAUUCGAAUUUAACUUCAAAAUUUCCAAAUAAAACUAUGAAUGAUUUCAAAGAUGCAUUUUCGGGAAUAGCAAUGAAAAGUUAUAGUGAUAAAGAACUUGAAAUGCUUCUUAAAUCAAUGAGACUAACUACCAAAAUUAAACAAGAAUUAUUUUUAAGAACAAAAUCUAAAAUUGAAAAUAAAAUUGCUCAUAUAAGAGAUGAGAAACCAGAUUUAACUCGAAAUUUUCCAAUUUUAGAAUAUGUUGAAGCUGAUGCAGAUGUACAAAAUGGAAAUGAAAUUUGGAAUGAUGAUCUUCAAAAGAAAAUGAUGAAAUUGAGAAACGAACCAUUAAUGUACUCUGAAUUGAUACAGAACUUUCCUGAUUUUAGUUGGAAAUUUUUAGUUGAGAAAUUGUUCUUUUAUAUGAAAAAGGGGACAAAUAAUUGGACAAAUAAAGUACAAGUAUAUCAAAUCUUAUAUUAUCCAGACUCGAAAUUAAAACUCCUUAAUGAACGCGUUAUUCAAAUGAUGAAAGAAAAAGUGGAACAAUUUUUAUCCGACAAUUGGUCGAAAACUGAGAUUGAACGUCUAUAUUUUUGUAUUUAUCAAGAUUUAACAAAAAGUGGAUUAUCAGUCAUUAAUAAACCACUUGAAGAAAUUAAAAAUGCAGUUUCAAAAGUUAAUCGAAGUCCUGCUUGGAGUAAAAGAGAAUUGAGUUUAUUACCUACUUAUGAUGCAAAAUUAUUUCAAGAAGAGUUUAUUUUUAGAAAUGAAUCUACAAUUGUUAUACAAUUAAAGAAAUUGAGAAAGAGUGCUGCAAUUUAUGAAAAGAAUCUUGCAGAAUUGAAAGCUCAAGCUGAAGAAAAUGAAGUAAAAGAGGAUUCUCCAAUUGAUUGGACUCAAGACAUGAAUGAUAAAUUAUUAGAACUAGUGGAUGAACCUGUAUCAUUUAAACAAUUGAUGGAACAAUUAAAUGUGCCUGUUAAUAUCGUUUGGGAAUUUAUUGCUCAAAAAGUUUUAGAUUCAACUGAGAGAUAUACUAAAGCAAUGUGGUUGAGAAAGAUUUUCAUAUAUCAAUAUAAUCAUCAACCUGAUUACGAAGGAUCAUUAUUUGAAGUGUCAAUACUGUUUGAUGCUGAAAUUCUUGAAAAGGCCAUUGAUUGGUUGAAAAAUAAACAGUGGUCUACUGAUGAAAUUGAAAAAUUAUCAGUUUUAACAUUUACAGAUUUAACAAAAGAUAAUUUAUUAAAAAAGUUUCCAUCCAAAGAUUUUGAAGAGCUUAGAGAAGGUGCAAUGAGAUUGUUUUAUCAUAAACAACCAAUUACUCCAGUUGAAACAGAUUAUCUUGAAGAACACUACAAAGAUGGAAUUAGAGAAAUUUCUGAAAAUUUACCUACUAGAACCGGAAACCAAAUUAAAUCACAUCUUUUAAAAGUAUUUCAUAAACUCAACAUCAAAGGAACUUAUGGUGAAUUGAUGCUAAAAGAAGGUAAGAGCAAAUUCUUAAUAAAUGAUCCAGCCCAAGAGAUUUUACUGAAAAUUACAUUGGAAAGAACUAGAUCAGAAGAAGUAAGAACAGUUGUAAAUAAUAACUUUUUGGAAGAUGAAGAUGAGAUUGAAUCAAUUUCUCCUGAUGAAAUGAAUGAAUUUUUGGAAAAGUUGGAACCUGAAGUCAAAAAAAAUUUAGAAUUUUGUGUUAGAGUGGAUUUAACUAAAGAUACUUUAGAUGAAAAGUUACCUUCAGUUAAAGAUUUAUUGAAAAUUAUUAAAAGUCAUCCAUAUUUUGAUGCUGAGAGAUUAACAGCUGGUGAAAAAGACUUAUUAUUGCAAUUGGUCAAGGAUGAAGUCUCAUUAGAAGAUUGCUUUGCAAUUUUCCCAUUAAGAACAAAAAGAUAUAUUAGCUCCAAAUAUCAAGAAUUUGAAUAUAUUUCAGGUAGAAGACUUAAAUUUCAAUCAGUAAAUGAACAAUUGGCAUAUGAAGCAAGAAUGGCAUUUGUUGGUGGAUCUAGUUCAAGUCGACAAAAAUCGAGAAAAAGAGCUUUUGAAUUAAUUAAUGAUUUAGAAGAAAUUGAAAAUGAUGCAAAAUUAAUUAAACCAGAAGGUGCAAUUAAUUUAACUGCUGAAGAAAUUGAACUAAAAGAAGCAAGGUCAAAAUAUUUUUUAGAAGCAAAAUUGAAAAGAUUGGAAGAACAAAGAUUACGUGCUGAAGAACAGAAAAGACAACAAAUUGACCGUGAAAUCAGAAGAGCAAACGGUGAACUACAUAGGAAAAAUCUUAAAACAGAAGUUGAUACAAUUAAAGAAACUUCUGAAUAUUUUUAUACAAUAGUGGGAAACAAACAAAAAGUUGAAUUUGGUCAAAAACGUCAAAGAACCCAAUUUCAAAUUUUUCAACCCGAAGAAGAACCAAAAAGGAAGAGCAUUAAAUUGAAGAAGUCAAAUAGACAAUUGCAAAAACAAAAAAUUAAAAAAGAAUUAAGGAAAGCUGCUAAAAAGAGAAAAUAUACAAAAAAACAAACUGCAUUGGAUGAGGAUGAGGAAUUAUUAGCACUUUAUUAUCAUAGUGAAGAGGAAGAAGAAGAAGAAGAAGAGUUUAUAAAUCCUUAUGAUCCAACUGAUAUUAUUGAAGAUUCUUAUAUAAGUUUAGAAGGUAGACAAUUUUUUAUUCCAUCGAUUCAUGAAGAAACUCCAUCUUUACCAAAAAUUGAAUUUGUUGAAGCUGAAGAUCCAAUACAAAGUAAAAAUAUGAUGUUAAGUGACGAGCAUCUUGUCAAAGAUGAUCUGAUGGCAAUUGAAAUUAUCUCAAGUCACAUCAAAUCUUACAAAGAUAUGCCGAUUACAUUCCCACCUAUUUUUGAUUUAUCAGAUAAUAUCAAUCCACUCAAUAACUUAAAAGUUAGAACUCUAUUAUACCCAGAGCAUGCUGAAUCUUAUCUUUUAGCUGCUCCAAAACUGAAUGAAUUGGAUCCAAUUAGAGAAAUUAACAAAUUAUUUCAAAUUACUUAUAGUCUUUAUUUUUCUCAUUCCAGUGCAAUUAAAAGAUUGAUACUUGAAGAAUAUUGUCAAAAAUUGGAAACAACUAUCGAAGAUAAUGAUUUUAGUGAAUUUUUAUUUACAAUUGAUAAAUGGAAUAUGUUGAUGCUUAUUUUAUCACCAAAUAGAGAAGGUGCACGUAAAGUUACUGGAGAUAUUAAUGCAACAAUUAGAAAAUUUUUAUCAGAAGAAGAAAUUAGAAUGCCUAAAGUUGAAGACUUAAGUUUAGAUGUAUUUUAUGAAGAAAUUAUUUUUGAAUUUGACAGCCCAGUUUAUGAAACUUUGGAAAAUGAAACUGAACAAAAUGAAGGAGUUGAGAUUGAAAAACCAAGAAAUUUAAAUCCAACAAGACCUGAUAAUUUUGAAUUAGAUUUACUCAAAAGAUUACAAACCAAAAAUGAAAUUUCCAGAUACACAAUUCAACAAAUUUUAUUAAGAGUUUAUGCAAGGAUUGUUUCUACAGAUACCAAAGGAUUAAAAGGUUAUAAGGCAUUUACUGCUCAAACUUAUGGAGAAUUAUUGCCAUCAUUUACAAGUGAAAUUUUAGAUAAAUUAAAUGUGAAAGCAGCUGAUAAUUUCUACGAUUUGGGCUCUGGUGUUGGUAAUACUACAUUUCAAGCUGCUUUAGAAUGUGGAUCAAUUAGUGGUGGUUGCGAAAUGAUGCCUCAUCCAUCUAGACUAACAGAGUUACAAGAAACUUUAAUUCAAAAACAUUUACAAGUAUUUGGAAUCAAACCAUUAGAAUUAAAAUUUGAAUUAUAUAAAAGUUUCGAAAAUAAUGAAAAAGUUAGAAAUGAUUGUUUGGAUUGUAAAAUUUUAUUAAUUAAUAAUUACUUAUUUGAUGCUAAUUUAAAUGCUUCAGUUGGUAGGUUAUUAGUAGGAUUAAAACCAGGUACAAAAAUUGUUAGUUUAAAAAAUUUUAUAAGUCCAAGAUAUAGAGCUACUUUUGAUACUGUGUUUGAUUAUUUAAGAGUUGAAAGACAUGAAAUGUCAGAUAUUUUAUCUGUUAGUUGGACAGCAAACAAAGUUCCUUAUUAUAUUUCGUACGUUGAAGAAACAAUUCGACCAGAAUAUUAUAGAGAAGAUUUAACAAGAUCAAAAUCAAAAUCAAAAUCAGAAACUCCAAGUUUAGAAUCAACAUUACCAGAUCAAGUUUUUAUUAAGAAUGAGGAUUUAAUGACACCUCCUAUUGAUUAA